AUGAUCACUCACAAAGUUGGCACUCCCUAUCAUCCUCAGACUAGUGGUCAUGUAGAGGUUUCUAAUAGGGAGGUUGAACACAUCCUCGAGAAAACUGUGAGGCCCGAUAUGAAAGAUUGGUCCACUAGGUUGGUUGAUGCACUCUGGGCCUAUUGCACUGCAUAUAAGACACCCAUCGGGAUGUCUCCAUAUAGGGUUGUGUUUGGGAAACCGUGCCAUCUCCCUGUUGAUUUGGAACACCGGGCUUUGUGGGCCUUUAAAAAGUUUAAUUUUGAUAUGGCCAAAGCCAGUGACCACCAGAAACUCCAACUUAAUGAGUUAGAGGAGCAUCGCAAUGAUGCAUAUGAGAGCUCCAAAAUUUGCAAGGCUAGGACUAGGGCAUUUCAUGAUAAACACAUUUCUUGUAAGUCCUUUGAGCCUCACCAAAAAGUGUGGUUGUUCAAUGCCAAAUCGUGUUUGUUCCUGGGUAAACUCCAAUCUCGAUGGGAUGGCCCAUAUGAGGUUAUCGAAGUAUUUUUACAUAGGGCGGCUGAGAUUAAAAAUCCACAAAAUGGUACGACCUUCAAGGUCAAUGGCCAACGAUUGAAACAUUAUGUGGAUAGUAUUGAGAAAGAGGAGAUGAUUGAGGUGGUCCACUUAAAGGACCCAAUAUAUCUUUCAUUGUAA